UAAAUUGGAAGUAAUCAUUUUCAUUUGUUCUCCCAAACCAAGUAAAUAUUUAUCAUCAACAAAGACGAGCAAGAAGCUUGUUAAAGAGAAACUCUUUAAAGAGGAAGAAAACUGAGAAACAGACAAGGUAGGUUGAGAGGAGAAGAAUUAGGAAAAAUGAUCCUUGUCUCAAGCAUUGUUUGUGUAACGUUGCUGUUGUUGUUGGCUAUGAUCAAGAUGUUUGAAAAGCUAUGGUGGAAACCGACUCGCAUACGGAAGCUGAUGGCUCUGCAGGGGAUCAAGGGCCCUUCUUACAGACUUAUCCAUGGAAACACCAUAGAAAUCUCCAACAUGAAAAGGGAAGCAAUGAGCAGGCCCAUGAGCUUAUUACAUGACAGCUUUCCUCAAGUUCAACCUCACAUUCACUUGUGGACCAAGUUAUAUGGGAAGAAUUAUCUUCAAUGGCAUGGCUCCAAACCUCAGCUUGUCAUUACAGAAGCUGCAAUAUGCAAAGACAUACUGAACAACAAUGAUGGGGCUGUUCAAAAAGCAGAGACAAUAGGAUAUUUGAAGAAGCUAUUAGGAGAUGGCCUCACAAGAUCCUCAGGUGAAAAAUGGUCCAAGAUGAAAAAGCUGGCCAACCAUGCCUUCCAUGGAGAGAGGUUAAAAAGCAUGAUCCCAGCAAUGAUAGCAAGUGGCGAGACAAUGCUUGAGAGGUUGAAAAACCAUCAAGGCAGAGAGAUUGAAGUUUCCGACGAGUUAAGGUUUUUCACUUCAGAAGUGAUUUCCAGAACAGCCUUUGGCAGCAGCUACUUGGAAGGCGAGAACAUUUUUGAGAUGGUGAUGAAGUUAGCCUUCUUGACAUUCAAAAAUGCUCACAAAAUUAGGUUUCCAGGUAUCAGUAUGAUCUUUAAAACCAGAGAUGAGAUUGAAUCAGCGGAGCUUGAGAAAGGAAUACGCAACAGCAUAAUGGAGGUUAUUAAGAAAAGAGAAAAGAAGGCAAUGGCUGGAGAAGAAGACGGCUUUGGGAGUGAUUUUCUUGGAUUGCUUUUAAAGGCUCACCAUGAUACCAAUGAGAAGCAGAGGAUUUCAAUGGACAAUUUGGUCGACGAGUGCAAGACUCUCUACUUGGCUGGACAAGAAACCACUACCAGUUUGCUUGCUUGGACUGUCUUUCUUCUGGCCCUCCAUAGAGAUUGGCAAGAGGAAGCAAGAAAGGAGGUCCUACAACUAUUUGGCAAACAAACUCCAAACCCUGAUGGCAUUGCCAAACUCAAAACAAUUAGUAUGAUUAUCAAUGAGUCCCUGAGAUUAUACUCUCCUAUUGUUUCCUUGGAAAGGAAAACUGAGAGGGAAGUUAGACUGGGAAAUCUCAUAGUCCCUGCUAAUGUUGAACUGCUAGUCCCAAACCUAGCAUUUCACCAUGAUCCUAAAUUUUGGGGAGAAGACGUGCACCUUUUCAAACCAGAGAGAUUCUCAGAAGGGGUUGCUAAAGCUACCGAGGAUAACAUAGUCGCAUUCUUUCCCUUUGGAAUGGGACCUCGAAAUUGUGUGGGCUUCCAUUUUGCAACCAUUGAAGCAAAGAUUGCUCUGUCAAUGAUUCUACAAAACUACUCAUUCACCCUCUCUCCGGCCUACGUCCACUCCCCGUUUCAAUUGCUUACACUUAGGCCACAGCAUGGUGUUCGAGUAACGCUACACCCGCUCUGAACUGUGUAGACCACGUGGAUAUGAGGUUGAAUGCGGGGAAACCAUGGCUUUGAGUUUCAGUCAAAUAAUGGUAUUGGGUUUGUGAGUUUUAUUUAUGUACGUAGAGUACUGUUAUUGGUACUUCAAUGAAGUAUUUGAGAGAAAUUGACAAUAAUGGCUCCAAUAAUAGUUUCGUAUUUUUUUCAUUUUUAUACAAACGAUAUUAAAGGAAGGAGAUUCGAAAAUAGGAUUUUGGAUCGCUCGACGCUCUUAAUCACUUCAACUACAAAUCCCUUUCAUAGCUCUGUAUUUAUGUACGCAGGGAAGGAGUCCACAAACCUUGAAAGGAAUUUUUUUGUGUGCUGCCUGAUAAGUCUCUUAGCUUUUGUUAUAGUAAGCUGCCUAGCAAAUGGAGAGAACUCUACAUCGCCUCCUUCGAACUCAUUCUCUGCUUCACCCCUCAUGGUCCGCAGCAAGAAUGCCUUGGCCUUGCGACACUGAGUAUUGAAAAGGCCUCCAAUGGAAGUGACAAAUCCAUCACCAGCUCCAUCACCAGGACGCUUGAGAAAGGUUAUUGGAUGCUGGUCAGGUUGUCCUGGCUGACCUUUAUUUAUCACUAAAAUUAAGGUCGCUAUCGGGAACACCAGAUCCAUUGGGUUCCCUCUGACUAUUAGCCCUUGUCUUUGAACUUCUUACCUUAUAAAAAUGGACAGAGAGAAUUGAAAACUGGAGUUGAACAGGAAAAAUGUAAGUGACAUAGUAAUUCUUCCGGUA